AUGGGAACGACCGCCUCACGUCAUUUGUCCACCGAGGAGCUGCAUCUCAUCCAAUCGGAGAGUGGAUUCUCAUUGCCAAGGAUCGACUAUCUGUAUGGUCAGUAUCAGUCGCUGGAUCGCGAUGAUGAGAAUCGUAUCCUGCGUAGUGAGAUGCUGCGCAUGCCCCUUCUGGCCGGUCAUCCGCUGGCCGAGCGAAUUGUGGACGAAUUGCUGAAUCCAUCGAUGGGGUUCCGUCAUUUUGUACGCGGCCUGGCCCAUUUCCGGCGCAGUGAGCCGCUGGAACGGAAGCUGGACUAUAUGGUGAGCCUGUACGAUGAGGAUGGUGAUGGAUUGUUGAGCAUGGAGCAGUGCCAGGAGCUAAUUGCCUGUCUGCCGGCCACACCACGAGAGGUCCGGGCAAUGCGUUGGCGUCUCAAGCAGCUUCUCACCGAGAAGACACAUCUAGAUGGCCAGGACUUUGCCUAUAUAACCCGUGGCCUGGAUCUCGACCAGUGCCUGUCGUUGCGAUUCUGCUAA